AUGAGAGGAAACAAACUUUACUGUAGCGACAUCACGCUAUCCGCGCCGGUCAAACCCGAGGCUCAAGCAGGCUGGAACACGUCCUUUGAAUUGUACCCGACUCUCGCGGACUGCGGAGCCGGCAACGUCGCAAAGGCCACGCGGGUCUCCUCUGCCAAGACAAGCUACUGCUCCAACAAGACAUUGGCGAACGGAGUGUUGGCCUCAACGUUCGUCACGUGCAACUCGGUCCGCUACCUGAUGUGGGAGUACAACAACCCCGGGUGCCCCGAUGCCGACUUUGCGGCUGUCUCGUCCUACGCGAACAACCAGUGCCUGGCCGCGUCUUCCACCACUGACGACUCGCUCAUCAAUCGUUGCUUGAUUCCCGGCGGUGUUACCCCACCCGAUUCUCCGUCUUCGCCUUUCAGCGCUGCCAUUGCGGUGCGCCCGUCCCUCGCGGCUCUGGUCUCCCUGAUGAGGGUACAUGUGGCUGCUGCUUCCCUCAAUCUAAUGUAA